AUGUCGACAAUCUUCGCCAUGUGUUCGGGAUCAUUGCCGGCGGCGAUUUCAGUUUUUUUCGAGUUUCAGGUUUGAACAAAUUCCGGUUUUGGUAAAACUUCAAGACUUUUUUUCUGAUUCUAUUUAUUUUUUUUAUGCCGUACCUCUGCUUUCAAGAAAACUAAGAUUGCAAUCAAAUUUUUGAAAAACUCAUAGAUCAGUAGUUUUUGCAACUCUCAUUUUUCAGUUAAGAAAAAUUACCUUCUUUUGAGAGUUUAGUAAAUUUUCAUGUUCAUAGUCCAUUCCGCGCCUGCUUGUCCCGUUUUUUUUUCCUACAUUGAAGACCGUUGACCGAGUUUUGCUUCGAGAUCAUUUUUCACAAUUUUGUAAUUGUUUUUGGAGUCUGUAGGGCAAAGGUGCUAGAAGGCUUCUCAAAAAACUGUACAAAAAAGCUGGGACGGUAGCUUUUUGAGAUUUUGAAUGUAAGAAUCUUAAUCCGUUCUCGUGCUACAGUAUCUUCGGCGUUGAAGUUUUGUCACGCUUGACGAUGAUCCUUUAAUAGCGCUGAAUUUCUUGAAGUUUUCAAAGCUGUUAGAUGGAAACAUUUAGCGUUAUUAAAGGAACAUCGUGGCGCGCGAUAAAAGUCUGAUAAUGAAAGGUACUGUGGCCACUGGGGUGGAUUAAGCGACUUUACAUUCAAACCCUAAACUGACUAUAUAAUUCGUUCAGGAAAAAGUAGCCUGAACGUUUUGAAGCGGCUGAGCGGCAAGUCCAACUGGAAACCAAGACAAAUGACCUACACAAAGUUACGAGAUCAAAGAGAGAUUAUCGACCACGCGAUGGCGGUUUUCAUGCCUGGUGAGACGAGAUUUUAAUUGAUUUACAGUCUGUUGAAAAUUUGGUCUGAUCAGUGUUUGAAUCUCAAGUCGUCGCUCAAGCUCCGCCCCUAAGGGCUAGUUAGACCAAUCAGAGAACGACCCAUCUACAGAGCGUCUUCGAAUGACGCCAUUUUAACUGAAAUUCAAAAUCUGAAAAGACUAAUGCCGAUUCACGGCUAUCUUGGGACACUAUAAGGCCUGUCUGCUCUCUCCACUAUCGAGGCACUAUCUCUUCUUUUAUCGUGCCAGGACCAUUUUUUUUACGAAGGCGUAAGCGAGCCGCAUUGUGGCUCUAGUUAAAGACCCAGAAGUCGUGAGAGCAAAUACUGCGUCUUUUUGUAUUUUUUCCUUUAAAUAUUCGAACAAGACUCUCGGAAAGCUUGUGAUCCAUGGAGCGCGUUUACUUCACCCUCCUCAGCUACCUUGAAUAAAAUUUCUGAGCUGAAAAAUUCGAUAGUUCUUUCUGUGAGCUCAAAGUUCUUAGACUUAAAUUCCCAAGCUUCUGUGAGCUCGAUUUUUGAAUUUUUUUUGCAAGUUGAAGCUUUUUCCAGGCCCCCACACGUUCACUGGAGAAGACACGGCCGAAAUCUUCGUUCAUGGAAGUUUGGCCGUCGUGAAUUCUUUGGCCGAAUGUCUGGGUGGCAUGGAAGACGUACGUGAGGCGAAACGGGGCGAAUUCACGAGAAGGUUGGAAAUUUCGAAGAUUUGGUUCAUUCACAAGCUUAUCAGUAGCCUGAAGUAGAAUCUUUUUCGAAUAGUUAUUUUCAAAUCCGUUCGACAAUGUUCCGAAUAUUUCCCAAAAAAAACCAUUCAGGAUAAAAAAGUUGAGCUGAUUUUUCCUUUGUGUGUUCUCUAUACCUUUUCCAUAACCUCGUGGUUCCCGCCAAAAGCCGCGACGCGUACGCAACGCGCCAGUCUACCCAUCUCGCCUCUCAUAUUUAGUUGUCGCUUCAGAGCGUUCUACAACGGCAAAAUGGAUCUGAAUGAAGUUCGUGGCCUCGAAAAUCUCAUUAGGUCCAAAACGCAAACACAGCGACGGCUGGCUUUUGGCCAAAUGCGAGGGGGCGAGAAAUCCGUCGAGAUUCGGUUCGAGUCAAUAAGAAUUCUGAAGAUUUCAGUGAUCUUUUUAGAGAUCGACUGGCGGAAAUGAUCGCCAAAACUUUCACGAUCAUGGAUUUUGGGGAGCACGUCGAGAUGUCUCUGGACAGUGUCAGGUCAGUUAUUUUCAAGGGAAAGAUUGAUGGAAAUGGCUAGUUUUCGUAUGCAAAGUUGACUUUCUCGAGAAAAAAAAUUGGCAUUGGUUUACGGGGGCUAUGAGGGACAGAGACUCAUUUCAUAAAGGUCCUGAGACGAACAGCCGAUUUUGGUGUUAUGGGUAAGAAAAAUUUUCAAAUUUUUAAGGAUUUUAAGCGAACCAUGCCUAUUUCAGCUUCCAAAAACCAUGCAAAAAUAAAACCUUAUUGAAAUAAUGACUUCUUCGAAAAUUUUGAGAAAAUAGAGAGGUGGAACACAAAAGAGUCCGAAUUUUCUGUAUUAAGUAUAUAUGGCAACCUUUUUCCCACUUUUCCCUUUUUUUUUCCCGAAAGUUGAAAAGUUUAAAGAAUUAGGACAUUACAAAAAGUUUAUUUAAACAAAUGAAAAGAAAGUUGAAAUUUUUUCAAAGUGAGUUCUACGUUAUUUGGAAUAUUUGUAAGGCGAAAUCGAAUUUUUUUUUGUUUCUCGUCUGUUGUUGCUCGCUAUCCUAUAUAUUUUUUUAUUCUGUUUUCCAGGUCCUGUGAUUUUUUAAAAAUUUUGCGUUAAAUAAAUUUGUUGGAAAAUGGACAGCGAAGAUCUUUUCUGUAAAGAUAGACUACCAUUAGGUUUAUAAAAAAUGUGUAUUUCAGAGAUUCGAUUCAUUCUCUGGUCGAUGAACUCAGCGAAAUGAUCAAAAGUUCGCGAGGAGCCGAAAAAGCGCAACGGGGAAUUAAUAUAGUCCUUUUGGGAAGGCCGAACAGCGGAAAGAGUAGUCUUCUCAAUCGGUUAGGUUCGUUUUACGUGAAGAGAGGGAAAAAUUGGAAAAAUAUGAAAAUUAGGCCGUAAUUGCUAUUUGUGUAUUACUAAUUUUUGAUUUUUAUCUACUUUUGACCCUACCCUGGGAAAGGAAAGUUUUGAGGAGGGUCUUUUUUCGAAAAAAAAAAAUUAGGUUUGAGAUAACUUUUUUCAGGUUUUUAUUACUCUUUUUGAAAAAAAAACGGUAGUGCACUCCAUAGUUAAUAUUGAAAAAAAUUCAAGUUUUUCUUCAGUUUCUCCCUGAAUCUCCAUUCUCCUGCUUUCCUCAUUUUUCCUUCUCUUCGUCCAUUUUUCUUCUUAGCCCCAUAAAAUCCCCCCUGACUGAGGACGGCUUUUUCUCGUCUUCGUCAAUAAAUCAUUGUAUAAUAAAAAAUCGCCCCUGGUUUCAGCUCAUAGAGACGUCGCGAUCGUUAGUAAAUUGCCGGGAACGACUCGCGACAGCCUCGAGGUACACGAAAAACCAAUAAAUAUAUCUCUUUUGCAAAGAAGGAAAUAAGGAAAGAAAGAUAUAAAUUUCCCUCUUAGCCGUCCAGAGUACUGUGCUUUUAUGGCUCCUGCCUAAUGGGCUGGAAAAUGUGAAAAAGAAAAGAAAACUUCAGCUUCUCACGGAAAAGCAAGUUUCAAAGAGAUUUUCGUUUCUCAGGAACCCUGAAGUGGUCCCUAUUAGGACACCUUUAGAAAUCUUCGGAACGUCCCCUCCAGGGACACUUUUACCACCACCUCUAGGUCACUAAAGCUUGCAAAGUGGCCCAUGUAGGGGUUUUAUUUAGUGAAUCCUCCAGUGACCAUGCUACCCGAUUGAUGUUAUGAACUCUAUAAAAAAAGCAUUCCAUAUGAAAAACUCAAUAAAUUAAUUACAUAAAGGACCAGCUUGAAGAGACCGAGAAGAAUGUCUGAAAAGUCUUACAGCGAUUGGGAAAAUAUAUAUAUUUCGUUUGAGUUGAUUAAACGAAGAGUUUCCAGACUUCUCUGGAGAUCGGCGGUGUCGGCUGUCGGAUAACGGACACGGCUGGACUCCGCGACGACGCCGUCGACGAGGUCGAAUCCGAAGGCAUCAGAAGGGCCAAGAAGAAGUCAGAAUUCGUUUUAUGACUUGAAUAACUGAAUAACUUGAAAGAAAAGUUCAUACCUACUAUAUUCGUUCAUAAAACUGGAUUAAAUAAUUUUUUUGAAAGCUUAAAUUUAUCAGUUAAAGAAUAAUAGUCGUCUCCAGAAAGUUCCAGACAAGUUGAACUGAAAUAAAAAAUUCGUGAUAAAAAGUGGUUUCCAGUGUCUUCUACCCUACUUUAUUUGACGAAAUGAGGCCCAAAAAAAUUAGUUGCAUCUGAAUCACUAUUCAACCUCCUUGAAAGUACCGAAAAAGGGUAGGGCGAUCAAGCUUCUAGGCUUUAGUAAAACUUUCUGAGAGGCUGCACUCAAUAAUGUUGACGACGUGGAAAAUAUCGACUUCUCGAAUGAUUGAGAUGGUUGCUUCAGAAUCGUCGCAGCCGACGUCGUCGUCAUCGUUUUGGAUCCCACGACAUCUGAAGUCCAAGCGAAAGAGCUUUUGCAGACUUUCGAGGUUCUUUUCUGCUGGAAACUUUCUUGGAACUAUGUUUUUUUGAUUAGAAAUUAUCCUUUAGUUAGAUAGUUUUUAUUGAACUUUAAUAGGAUCCUCGUCGUGGAUUUCACAAGAAAUCUUACAGGGUAAAAGUAUGACCUAGACCCAAAACUGGAUGGAAAACGCUAUUAUUCUUCAAAAAAAAGUGUUUCAAAAUCUUUUAUUCAACAUUCAAAAUUGCCAGAAAAUAUAUCUCAGGUCCUUACACGAUUAUAAGAUUUUUCAAAGAAAUUUCUGUAGUUUCAAGUUCUUACGAUUUACUCUAAAAAGUUCGAGUUUUUUCUUCUUACAAAGUUCUUUUUCCUUCAUUUGCCACCGUUAAAAAUCGCAAAAACAACUUUUAGAUUUUCUAAAAUUUAUAUGAUUUGAGUGAAGAUAUCAAGAUAGGGAAAAGUUUAAGAGCUGUUAUGAAAAACAGUAAAAUUGGUUAAAUAUACUCAAUUCUGAUCCUGACACGAUUAUUGGGUACAUUUCCAGAUUUUGCUGUACUAAAAAUUACCUUUUCUCAAAAAUCGUUUUUUGUUAUUCGAAACUACUGAGGUUCAUGGAUUUUACAAAAAUUUGUAUGAUUUUAUUGAAGAUAAAUGGCGGAUUUUACGCUAUUCUGGUUCUGACGCGAUUAUGGGGUUUUUCCAGAUGUAACUGUACUUUGACUCCUUCAGACUUUCCUGCAAUUUCCUCAAAAACACCUUUUUCUCCCGAUUUCCCGCCACAAACCGCUGGUGUUACACCGGCCCCCAAGAACGUGUUGAUAACGUCUCUGGGCCAAAUGUUUUGUCAUCUGACGAGGGACGGCCAUUAAAAUCUAUCAUCUGCUGGCCUGGGAGCCCCCGGAAAAAUCGCGUUUUCCGGCCAGCUUUCUUCUCAAAACUUGUUUUUGAUGGGCUCGACGGCCGAGUGGAAAGCAAAAAUGUGAGAAAAGAUUGACGCUCGGCCGCCGUUGCAAAGAGAAAUAAAAAAAAGGGCUGUGAACAUUUUUUUUUUUUGGCUUCAUCUUGUUGAUUUUUUCCGGAUUGACAGGACCAGUUUUUAUUCUGGGAAAAAAAUAUUUAAACUAAGAAAAAAAUGCAAUAAAUGUGUAUGAAUGAAAAAAAGAACAGAGGGAUCUCCUGAAUUUUUUUCUAAUUCAUCUUUUUUUGUCUUUUUUUCUUGAUUUAUACUCUAUGAAAAAGAUUUUUGAAAACAAAAGAAAGUUCCUCAGAACGUGAGUGAAAAAAAGAAAAAGCUCAAAUCUUAAAAAGAUAUCAUAAAAAGAAAAAAAGCGCAGGAAUUUUUAUCUAACCAGGGAAUGGUCUCUAGCCGCAGCGGGACAAUUUUUUUCUACAAUCUUUCUCAGCCUAGCCGGGUUUUUUUCUACUGCCCAAGGAUGAAAAUUUCACAUUAAUUUAUUUUUACAAUUAUUUUGAUAUUUCUUGAGAACGGAUUCAGAAUCUGCGGAAAUCGUGUAAACUUACAGGAAAUUAAGAGCCAUUCCCGUCAAUUUUGGAACUUUUUUCAUAGAUCCUUCAAACCCCAACCAACAUUUUUUUCCGACAGAUGAAAGAAAAAAACCUGACUCUGUUUGCUCCUCGCAACUUUUUUCUCACUUAAUUAAUUAAAUAGAAUUUCUUCAGGAUCUUUCUCAUGCUGAUGCCAAACUAAUUAUCGUUCGGAACAAGAUCGACCUGAAAUCCGGAUUUGCCGCGGUGAAUUUCGAAGCCGAUAAGGUCGUCGGAACCAACGCGUUGUCUUCUGAUGGUUUUGUGAACAUUCAGCUGAUGCGCAGCGAAGUUUUCAGGAGUCGAUACGUUGCGAGAAGCUCUGUCGGAUAUUGUUGCGGAGAUUUGUCCAGAGGCGACGUAUUUACUAGAUCAUCGACUUUUGAGGUGCCUACACUAAAAUUAUCCUUUUUAAGUUAUUUUUGAUAAAUAGUUGAGAUUAGAGAGCUAAACUUAUGUAUAAAAUUAACAAAAAAACUUUUUUUCUCCUACAUUUUCCAUUAUUCACUACGACUUGAACAGUGGUCUCACGUAGAAAUAGAUCUGGCAUUUUAUUGUAUUCUGGUGUUAAUAAUCCCCAAAGUAUACCACAAAAAACACCUUGUUGUCCAACUUCGACUCAAAGUCGUAUCGAAACACUUUUUCCUUUUAGUGAAUGCCGCGACGAGCUCCUUCUGGCUCUGGAAUCCCCCAAAAACGACGCUGCCAUCGUCUGCGGCCAUCUGGAGCGCGCCCAGGCCCGAAUCGCCGAGUUGACGUCAUCCAGCGUCACAGAAGACGUCCUCGACAAGAUUUUUUUCAGAAUUUCUGUAUUGGAAAAAUGA